UGGCAACCGUCAGCGAUGGUAAAACAUCCACAGAUGGUGCUGAGCGCAGUGAGAGGCGCGCUCACGACCAGAUCAAGUGCGGCAGCGUGCGCUUGUGUCUUUUUUUUCCCCCACCCAUCCUCCGGAAAGUCUCUAGCGGAGACUGAUAGCGCCUUGACGCUGGAGCCGCUCACGAAUGACCGCCGCGCCGCCAAUCAGGCGCCGCUGAUGCAGCCGGACCAGCAAAUGGGACCUUGCUCGAGGGAGAAACGACCCUCGGCGGUGGCCAAGAUGAGCUGCAGGAAAAGGUGCAAGCGGGAGGUUUUCAAGUUUGCCCAGUACCUGUUCAGACUCAUCACGGGCUCGCUGAACACCGACAGCAUCGAAGACGAGCUGGAACUGUCGGCUGUGCGCCACCGCCCCGAAGGCCUGGGACAGCUGGAGGCGCAGACGCGAUUCUCCCGUAAGGAGCUGCAGAUCCUCUACCGCGGCUUUAAGAACGAAUGCCCGAGCGGCGUCGUCAAUGAGGAAACCUUCAAAGACAUUUACGCCCAGUUCUUCCCACAAGGAGACGCGUCAACGUACGCUCACUUCCUGUUCAACGCCUUCGACACGGAUCACAACGGCUCCGUCAGCUUUGAGGAUUUUGUGACGGGUCUUUCCAUCCUACUGCGGGGCACCAUUCAAGAGAAACUCAACUGGGCUUUCAACCUCUAUGACAUCAACAAAGAUGGUUACAUCACCAAAGAGGAGAUGCUCGACAUCAUGAAGGCCAUUUACGACAUGAUGGGCAAAUGCACGUACCCCGUGCUCAAAGAGGAGACUCCGCGCCAGCAUGUAGAAGUAUUCUUUCAGAAAAUGGAUAAGAACAAAGACGGCGUGGUGACCAUAGACGAGUUCAUCGACUGCUGCCAAAAUGAUGAAAACAUCAUGCGCUCCAUGCACAUCUUUGAAAACGUCCUUUAACUUUACGCCCCGCAGAGAGUGUUUAUCUUGUAUGCAGAUGUCCACUCAUAACAUGUUGUUCAUGGCUGAGAACACGGCGGAAAUAUUAUUUAUUUUUCCUCCCGGGUGAUAUCACUGUGACCUUUGCGGUGACCGUUCAUCCACAUUCCGUCUGUUAAUUCCAGUUAUUAUUAUUAUUUCAAAUUGUAUCUAAAAGUGGUUCUUUUUUUCCCCCCCCCACCAAGUACCACCACCAUGGCCAACAGUCGUAGUAUAGUAGUGCUCAUCCCAAAAAAAAAAAAAAAAAAAAAGGAACAGGUUUUAUUCCUAAAAACAAUAUUUAUUAUUGCUACAUUAUGCACAGUUUGAACAUCAACAUUGCACUUAAAUAUAGGAAAGAGGGGAAAAAAGUACUUAAGUGAUUCAAAUAAAAUGUAUUUUAAGGUUAAAUACAACUGAACUGUACUUAAUCAAUGUACUUGAGAAAUUAUUUCACGUACCACUAGAGGGAGCCUGCAUACCACACUUUGAGAAUCAUUAGGAUUAUACUGUAUAUAUAUAAAACAGUAGUGUCGACCAGAAUUGUACUGAAUGGCUUUGUCCACACAAGCACACAGAUAGUUUAUAUUAAAUUCAUGUAUAGAACAUCUAGACAGCAGUAAGUAAUUUGACUUUUUAAAUAUUUUCAUUUUCAAGAACUUUCUUUCCGUUUCAUGUUAUUUAUAUGCUGUUAUGCUCAUUGUACAGUGAAACAAAGGUGUUUUGAUUUAAAAGUUAUGAAUGUAUGUUUCCUUUCACUUCCCUAGAAUGACUCCUAAUGUAUAUCUAUGACAGGCACGUGUGUUGGAUUUAUUAUUUUUCUCCAAGGUAAGGAAAACAAAUCCUAACAUGUCAUUUCUACAUUUCUGUAAAUAUACCACAAAGUGAAAAUAAACUUAUGAAUAUGAAUGAUCUACUUUUCCAAUUUGGCUUCAUAGACUAGAUUUUGGGCAAAUUUAUUGUAGUAUACAUGUCAUGUUUUUCCUUUGUACUGUGCUGCCCUCUGGUGGCGUCAUUGUAUAUCUUGUUUUUUUUUUUAUUAUUUUUUUUAACGAUAAAAUAAUACACUCAAA